UUCUCAUUUCUGCUAAGGUUUUUCGAGACUACCAUAAACCCUAGUUGCAGGAAUGGCGACUUUGCUCUCUCGUUCUCUCAUCACCGCCGGAAAGCAGGCCAUUAGCAUCGCUCUCUUUCGCUCAUAUUCCUCUCUUACUCCGCCACGCAACUUUCUCGCUUUCUCCGCCUUCCGCCUCCGCCCGCUGGUGUCAAUCUCCCCCGCCGUCCGCCAACUCUAUCCAGCAGCGUACACUGCAGUGCGGGGACUCGCGACUCGGCAGACCUCGUCGUCCCUCAAUGAUCCGAAUCCUAACUGGUCGAAUCGUCCCCCGAAAGAGACUAUUUUGCUCGAUGGAUGCGAUUUUGAGCACUGGCUUGUUGUGAUGGAGAAGCCGGAGGGCGAUCCCACAAGAGAUGAUAUUAUCGAUAGCUAUAUCAAAACCUUAGCUCAGGUGGUUGGAAGCGAGGAAGAGGCUAGGAUGAAGAUCUACUCUGUCUCAACCAGACAUUAUUAUGCAUUUGGGGCUCUUGUGUCAGAGGAACUCUCUUACAAAUUGAAAGAAUUAAAAGGAGUUCGGUGGGUGCUCCCAGAUUCUUAUUUGGAUGUUAAAAACAAGGACUAUGGAGGAGAGCCAUUUAUAAAUGGGCAAGCUGUACCAUACGAUCCCAAAUACCAUGAGGAGUGGGUGAGAAACAAUGCCCGUGCCAAUGAGAGAAACAGGCGCAAUGACAGACCUCGCAACUUUGAUAGAUCGAGGAACUUUGAGAGGAGGCAGAUGGCUAAUCAAAAUGCCCAGAACCCUGGUCCUAGGCCAAACUUUCAACCUGGUCCAGGGCCAAACCAGGGCAACUUUGCUCCGGGCCCAAACCAGGGCAACUUUGCACCGGGCCCAAAUCAGGGCAACUUUGCGCCGGGCCCAAACCAGGGCAACAACAGUCCGAGCAACUAUGGUCCAGGACCCAACCAGAGCAACCCUGCUUCAUGGCCAAACCAGAACAGCUCUGCCCCAGGCCCAAACCAGAACAACUAUGCACCAGGGCAGAAUCAGAACUACCCUCCUCCGCCCGGGCCAAACCAGCACAAUUACCCCCCUCCUCCAGGGCCGAACCAGCAGAACUACCCUCCGCCAGGUCCUAACCAACACAUGUCUGCUAACUAUGCUCCAGGGCCUAAUCAGAACUACACUCCAGGGCCAAACCCAAACUACUAUCCUCCAGGGCCUAAUCAGAACAAUUAUGCUCCAAACAUGGAUGGGAGAAACCCUUCCCAGAAUCAGAACAUCCCCCCUCCUAACUAUCAUCAGUAGGAACUGUGCAGAGAAUGUAGCUCCGAACCUCUAUAAGUUUAGGAUUUUUUGUUUAAAGAUACUCUAUGAAUGUUGUUUGGUUUCAUUCUACUCAAUUAAUUAUGGAGAUGAGUGCAUUUCAUGAUCUCAUAGAAAGACAGACUUGUUCUACAGUGAAAUUGGAGCAAAAAAUUCUGUAGUUAUAAUGGAUAUGAUGUCUGUAUAA